CGGGAGGAGGGACGGGGGCGGGGCCGGCGCGGCGAGGGGCGGGGUCAGCGCCGAGGCCGCGGGGGCAGCGACGGCGCCGGGCAGCGGGAGCCCCGGCCGCGCCAUGUGGCUGCUGGGGCCGCUGUGCCUGCUGCUGAGCAGCGCCGCGGCCAAGGCUAAAUCGAAAUGCGGCCCGACCUUCUUCCCCUGUGCCAGCGGCAUCCACUGCAUCAUUGGCCGCUUCCGGUGUAACGGGUUUGAGGAUUGCCCCGACGGCAGCGACGAAGAGAACUGCACAGCAAACCCUUUGCUUUGCUCCACUGCCCGCUACCACUGCAAGAACGGCCUCUGCAUUGACAAAAGCUUCAUUUGCGAUGGGCAAAACAACUGUCAGGACAACAGCGACGAGGAAAGCUGUGAAAGUUCUCAAGAACCAGGCAGCGGGCAGGUGUUCGUGACCUCGGAGAACCAGCUCGUGUACUAUCCCAGCAUCACCUAUGCCAUCAUCGGCAGCUCCGUCAUCUUUGUGCUGGUCGUGGCCCUGCUGGCUCUGGUCCUGCACCACCAGCGGAAGCGCAACAAUCUCAUGACGCUGCCAGUGCACCGGCUGCAGCACCCCGUGCUGCUCUCCCGCCUGGUGGUCCUGGACCACCCUCACCGCUGCAACGUCACCUACAACGUCAACAAUGGCAUCCAGUACGUGGCCAGCCAAGCCGAGCAGAACGCGUCUGAAGUGGGCUCCCCGCCCUCCUACUCAGAGGCCCUGCUGGACCAAAGACCCGCAUGGUAUGACCUCCCUCCGCCGCCCUACUCUUCGGACACCGAGUCUCUGAACCAAGCCGACCUGCCCCCUUACCGCUCCCGGUCUGGCAGCGCCAACAGCACCAGUUCCCAGGCAGCCAGCAGCCUCCUGAGUAUGGAAGACACGGGCCACAGGCCGGGGCAGCCUGGCCCACAAGAAGGCACCACGGAGCCUAGGGACUCUGCACCCAGCCAGGGCACCGAAGAAGUAUAAAAUCCAGCUCUUCCAAAGUCCAUAUGGGUUCAUCUGCUCUGACUUGUUACCAUCCUAACAACUUGCGCUCAUGGGAAGCUCCCCAGGAUGCCCCAAGGAGUGAUGUGGGGUGUCAGCUCUCUCUCCGUUCACCUCCUUCCCCAGAUUUCAGGGAUGUUCUUUGGAGGGCGAGCUGGCACUGUCUGGCCUCUCAGUUGCCCUGAUGUAUGUGCAUCUUUUCUGGGCAGUUACUCUUCCUUCGGGGCCCAGGAUCACAGCCUCACUCUCCGCAUCAUUCUGUUACUG